GGGGGGGGAUCAAUAUGAAUGUGACCAUGAAUGAAGGAAUGGAGAAUACAUCCCAGAUAGACUGGCACGAGCUUGAACCCAAAUACCCCGUCAAGGUCUUCCUGACAAUCCUGUACAGCCUCAUCCUGGUGACGGGUAUUGUGGGUAAUUCCGUCACCAUCAGAGUGACACAGGUGUUGAAGCGUAAUGGCUACCUGCAGAAGAACGUCACCGACCACAUGGUCAGCCUGGCGUGCUCGGACCUGCUGGUCCUGCUGAUCGGCAUGCCGGUGGAGCUCUACAGCGCGAUCUGGUUCCCCUUCACGUCCGAACAAGGAAACGCGUCCUGCAAGAUCUACAACUUCCUGUUCGAGGCCUGCAGCUACGCCACGAUCCUCAACGUAGCCACGCUUAGCUUCGAGCGCUACGUCGCCAUCUGUCACCCCUUUCGCUUCAAGGCCUUUGCUGUGAGACGCACCUCCGUCCUCAUCGCCUCCGCGUGGCUGGCGUCCGUGCUCGUGGCCCUGCCGCUGCUGGUCGCCACAGGGACCGAGGGACACGUCCUGUCCCUGGAGAGAAAACCCGUCCAGAACCUGACCUUCUGCACCAAUCUGCGCGAGCACUGGGUUAUGUACAAGGUCAGCAUCUUCGUGGCCUUCAUCGUCUACAUGAUCGUGCUGAUCGGGGUGGCCUUCAUGUGCCGGGCCAUGGUCCUGGUCCUGAGGAAGUCUCUGGGGUUCGUGGAGGGCCGAGGCGUCAGCGAGGCGCGGGAAAAUUCAAAGGCCAAGACCGCCAGGAAGCAGACCAUCAUUUUUCUGGGUCUCAUCGUGGGGUCCUUGAUGGUGUGCUGGCUCCCCAACCAGAUUCGUCGUCUUAUGAUGGCUGCUGUGCCCAAGUCCUACUGGACUAAAGCCUUUUUCCGGAGCUGGGUCACUCUCCACCCUGUGGCCGACAGCUUCUUCUACCUCAGCUCGGUGCUCAACCCGUUCCUCUACAACCUCUCCUCCAGGCAGUUUAGGGAUGUUUUUGUGCAGGUGCUGCGCUGCCGCCUCACCAUUGAACACGUCAACAAGUCCACCUUGCGCAACCCCCUACCCGCCUCCGCACGCUCCCUCCAGCCCCUGCUGAUGAAGUCCUUUCGUCGCAGCAGGACCAACCACCCCACCCUUGCACGAGGGAAAACUCCUCCCACCCUUACAACCUUCCAGAGUCAAAGUGACUCAGGAGUGGCUUCAAAUACUCUUAGCCUGACUGGAGAGUCUGAUUCAGUUCUCAAAACAAGGACAGAUGUACCAUCGGAGAGUGAAGUGUAAUGUAGUGUACAAUUUAAUGCAGCAGAGUGAACAGUAAAAACAAGAGAAGAUGCUUGUGCUGUGCCGUCAGAAAGAAAU